AUGUACGGCCAAGAGGAGACUUUCGCCAGGAGCUUUGACAAGGCCACUCCUGUCUGCAGUGCUGUUGCAGCAGUGAGCCUGCUCACAAGUCUCCUGUUUGCGAACAGCUUGUGCGACAUGGACCUGUCGGAGUGGCACGUAGUGAAUGCAAUUUUGUGUGGCUCCCUGGCUGCAGCUGCCCAUUUCGCCACCCGCGUAAAUCCCAGGGCAAUGCAAGCUGGAUUCAGAGUGUACAAGGCGGAGACAUCAAUGCGAGAACUGAUGUCUGAGGGCCUCCUUUCCGCUGCGGCAUCCGUUGCACUAGUCGCAUGUCCAGCACUUCUCCUCUUCUGGUCUGCUCGAGGUUUUGCGAGCAUGGGUGUCGGAAUCUGCGCCGAAUCCGCCCCGAUGUUCUUCGCAAUCUCGUUGUCAUUGAUGCUUGCUGAAGCUGCUGCGCUCGUCUAUGUAAUAGGCCGCAACCUCCAAGCAGCCGGCUAUUCGCUUGAAAAGCUUAAGCACCACGGAGAAAUGCUGAUGUAUAAAGUGAAGGAGAUAAUUGCCGACUGGAGCAGAAACGGCUAUCACUACGUAAUGCGCGCAUAUGAAAACAUCGUUCCCACUAUUAAGGGAUUAAUACACUCUCUGCUGGAGAUGCUGCAUCGCUUGUGGGAGCAAAGACCUCGGUGGAUGAAUGCUUCUUACUGGGCUGGAUCUGAGGGAUCAUACCUUCUCCGCUGA